AAAAUACAGAAUUGAAAAUCGAUUUUCCAAAUCCAUUAACUAUCGUGUUCCGAGAGAGACGAAAAUCCCCCUCGCUAAGCUGUGAGCACUGCACUCCUCUCAGCUCGUCGGAGCCAAAUUUGUCCGGAAGAAGAAGGAGGAGGAGAAGAAGAAAGAAGGAGAAGAAGCAGAAGCAGCAGCAAGCUCAAAUCCUGCCAAGAAGACGCAGAGAUCCCCCCAAAAUCUCUCUCUAGCAAUGCCUCCUUCUCCCUCUUUUCCUUCAGGAACGCGCGGCAACCGGUGGAAGAGGCGGAAGCGGGAGGCGACGCAGCUCUCUCGCCGGCACAAGGACGCCGCCGAUGACGACGACGAAGACGAGGAGCCCAACGACCUCGACGACGACCUCGACCGCGCCGAGGACGCCGACGCCGAGGACGCCAACCCUAGCGCCAGCAACCACAACCACGCGGCCGCCGAUCCCAGCCCUAAGGAGACCGAGGUCUUGUCGGACGGGGGGGUCCGCAUCUGCGACUUCCCUCCCGUGGUUAAGCGUCCCGUGAACCGCCCCCACUCCUCGGUGCUCGACCUCGUGGCCCUCGAGAGGGCGAAUUCGGUUGGAGAGAACAGGGAUCAGGUGCAGGGUGGGGUGGUUUGCUUGGAGAAUGUCUCGUAUGGGCAGCUCCAGGCUCUUUCUGCUGUGCCGGCGGAUAGUCCUGGUCUGGCGGAUUCGGAUAAGGGUGAGGGGGAUACUCCGUCCUUCGUCGCGACACCGCCCUCGAUUAUGGAGGGGAUGGGCAUGGUGAAGCGGUAUGGGAGUAGGGUUCAUGUGGUGCCAAUGCAUUCAGACUGGUUUUCGCCUACUACGGUGCAUCGAUUAGAGAGACAAGUGGUGCCACAUUUUUUUUCUGGAAAAUCAGCAGACCAUACCCCGGAGAAGUAUAUGGAGUGUAGGAACUAUAUAGUUGCCAAAUAUAUGGACAAUCCAGACAAGAGACUCAGAGUUUCUGAUUGCCAGGGAUUGGCAGUCAGUAUUCAAGAUGACGAUUUAAACCGGAUUGUCCGCUUUCUGGAUCACUGGGGUAUCAUUAAUUAUUGUGCUGCUUCUGCACCUCCUCGUGAAUCUUGGAAUGAUGGUUCGUAUUUAAAGGAGGAUCCGAAUGGGGAGGUUCAUGUGCCAUCAGCUGCAUUGAAGUCCAUUGAUAGUUUAAUCAAGUUUGAGAAGCCCAAAUGUAGGCGAAAAGCAGCUGAUCUAUAUUCAUCCUCAUCACAUAAGGAUGGCAAGGUUUCUGACUUGGAUAACAGAAUUCGAGAGCUCCUAUCUGGAAAUUGUUGUAGUCAUUGUUCUCGGCCUCUUUUAGUUGUGUAUUAUCAGUCGCAUAAGGAGGUGGAUGUAUAUCUUUGCUCUGAUUGCUACCAUGAAGGAAGAUUUGUUAUUGGUCAUUCAAGUAUAGAUUUUACAAGGGUAGAUUCCACAAAAAUCUACGAUGAUCUAGAUGGAGAAAAUUGGACAAAUCAGGAAACAUUGCUGCUGCUCGAGGGGGUGGAACAAUACAACGAGAACUGGAAUGAAAUUGCGGAGUAUGUAGGCACCAAGUCUAAAGCGCAAUGUAUCCUUCAUUUUCUCCGGUUGCCCAUGGAAAAUGGUAUACUGGAGAAUAUUGAAGUUCCAGGUACAUCAAUGUCAUCCAGUUUAUCAAAUGGAGCUGAUCAGUCUCGUCAAAAUUCAAAUGUCAAUGGGGAUAUAAGAGGUUCCUGCCAUCAAGAUGCAAACUCUGAAGACAGGCUUCCUUUUGCCAAUUCCGGUAAUCCAGUGAUGUCUCUGGUCGCCUUUCUGGCAUCUGCUGUAGCACCAAGAGUUGCUGCAGCUUGUGCCCAUGCAUCCUUGGCAGUGUUGUCUGCUGAAAAUGGUGUGGCUGAAUCAGGUAACAUCAUACAGGUGGAGGGAUCGGGUCAGGGACAUAGGAUGCAUUUGGAGACAUCACGAGCUGGAGAUUCAGUCCAACAAGAAGGUAAUCAAGAUGAGGCAGAUGGUUCAUUGCUGUCCCAAGAAAAAGUCCAAGCUGCUGCAAAAGCUGGUCUUGCUGCUGCUGCAACAAAGGCGAAAUUAUUUGCAGAUCAUGAAGAACGGGAAAUUCAAAGGUUGUCAGCUAAUAUCAUAAAUCAUCAGUUAAAGAGAUUGGAGCUGAAACUGAAGCAGUUCGCAGAAGUUGAGACCUUGUUGAUGAAAGAAUGUGAGCAGGUUGAGAAGACAAGGCAGAGAUUGGCUGCUGAACGAAUGCGAAUUAUGUCAACCCGCUUUGGAGCCACAGGAGUCACUUCACAUGCAGGCGUAACAGGAGUUGCUUCUCCAAUGGCUAACAGCAGCUCUGGCAACCCUAGACAAGCAGGCAUCUCAGCAUCACCUUCGCAACUGAGCACACCGGGAUAUGCCUCCAAUCAACAGAUUCCUCCUCACAUGCCAUUCAUCCAACAACGGCAGGCAGUGUUCCCACUCGGGCCAAGGCUUCCACUUUCAGCGAUAAACUCGUCAUCAGCACCUUCUUCAAGCAUCGCUUUUAAUGCUCCCGGAAAUUCCCAACCUAGUCUCAAUCAUCAAAUGCUGAGGUCAGUACCAGGGACUAACUCUAGUUUAGGUUGAAAAGGAUAGCAAAUGUACCUUAGAGUAGGUGGUCCAUUAAUUUAACAAAUUGGACGUGAUUAUUAUGCUGGGAAUUUCCAAGGACCAAGGGAAUUUGUCACUAAGGUAUAAAAAGAAUUGUUCACACA